AUGUUCCUGCAGAUUUUAAUGCGCGAGACUGACAAGCACUCGCAGCGAAUUUUGUGGCGGGAAGUUCCUACUCGAGAUCCAGACAUUUACCUGGCGGAUGUUGCUACGUUUGGGUCGACAUGUUCACCGGCAUCGGCUCAGUUCGUAAAGAAUAAAAACGCACGCGAACACAGUGGCCAGUUUCCUAGAGCAGCUGAAGGCAUUCUACAGAGCACAUACGUAGACGAUUACUUAGACAGUUUUGGGUCGGAGGAAGAAGCGUGUCGUGUUUCCAAUGAAGUUCGCCAGAUUUUCCGUAACGGUGGAUUUCAGUUGAGAAAUUGGAUUUCAAAUAAUCAAAAAGUUCUAGAACAUCUUGGGGAAACGCAAUCCUCCUCCAGUAAGAGUAUUAUAAGUACAGUUAACAACACUGAACGUAUACUCGGAAUGUUGUGGGAUCCUCUGACAGACAAUCUAUCCUUUAAGACUCAAAUGAGUGGUGAGGUUCAGUCGCUGUUGGAAAGUGGUAAAAGACCGACGAAGAGACAAGUUUUAAGAUGUGUCAUGACUUUGUUCGACCCCUUGGGAAUUUUGUCUACAUUUUUGAUCCACGGGAAGAUACUAAUGCAAGACCUGUGGCGCGCUGGAACAGGUUGGGACGAAGAUGUCGGUGACAUUCAAUACGAAGAUUGGUCCAGGUGGAUAAAGAUGAUAUCGUUCAUAACAAAUAUUCGUAUUUCCCGCUGCUAUUUCCCGGAGGCAUCGACGCAAACUUACAAGGAAGCUGAACUCCAUGUUUUCGUAGAUGCAAGUUUGUUUGCGUUGUACUUGCGGACGACCAAUGCUGACGGUUCGCCUCAAUGUACUCUUGUUGCUGCAAAGGCCAAAGUGGCGCCGCUCAAACCUAUGACUAUUCCGAAGCUGGAUCUGCAAGGAUGCCUCCUGGGGACUAGAAUGGUGAAGUUCGUGUUAACUAGCCACUCUAUUCCUAUAAAAAGAAGAGUCUUGUGGACGGACAAUUCAGUCGCACUGGCGUGGAUUCGAGCGGACCCGAGAAAUUAUCGACCAUUCGUCGCAAAUCGAGUAGGCGAGAUUCAGGAAACUACGUCCGUGGACGAAUGGAGAUGGGUUCCAUCGGAAUACAACCCGGCUGAUGAGGCGACGAAGUGGGGCAGUGGGCCGUACUUUAACGAUGACAGUCGGUGGUUCAAUGGUCCGGAAUUUUUGCGCUCUCCAGAAGAUGAAUGGCCGAGUUUUAUGGAUCAAAUGUUGGACACAACUGAGGAAAUGCGACCGUCAAUUCUGUUUCAUACCACCUGGGAACCUAUGAUUGCCUACGAGCGUUUCUCUAAGUGGGAAAAAUUGCUACGCAGCAUGGCUUACGUGAUGCGAUUUUCGAAUAACGCCGGUAGAACGAGUCAAAAACGUGGAGGUCGAAUAACUCAACAAGAGUUCGAAGCUGCGGAAGUCGAGAUUGUAAAACAGGUGCAGAGAGAGGCUUACGCAGAUGAAGUGUCGACUUUGAAAGCCAACCAAAUGCUACCUGCAGACAAGAGACAAUCAAUUGAAAGAUCAAGUAAGAUAUAUCAACUAAUGCCGAUGAUGGAUGAGAGAGGAUUGAUGCGACAAAAUAGCAGGAUCGCAGCAGCGAAACAUUUGCACUACAGUGUACGCUUUCCGCUGAUUCUGCCAAGGGAUCAUCGAUACACCGAACUUUUGGUCGCCAAGUACCAUCGAAUGUACCGUCACGCGAAUUCUGAGACUGUGGUAAACGAGAUUCGUCAAUUAUACGUUAUCCCAAAACUCCGGACAGUAGUAAGACACAUCGGAAGAAACUGCCAGUUCUGCAAGAUUCGUAAGGCACUUCCAACUGUUCCUCCGAUGGCUCCGCUGCCGUUCGCACGCUUGGCAGCCGACCACCGCCCUUUCAGCUACGUGGGAGUUGAUUAUUUCGGUCCGCUGUUGGUUAAACAAGGUCGAUCGAAUGUAAAAAGGUGGAUCGCGCUCUUCACUUGUUUGACGGUGCGCGCUGUACAUCUCGAAGUGGCACACAGCCUGACUACCGCAUCGUGUAUAUCCUGCAUCCGCCGAUUCGUCUGCCGUCGAGGUUCGCCUGUCGAGUUUUUUAGCGACAACGCCACAAACUUUCAUGGAGCUGAACGGAUACAUCGUGAAAAUAUCAAUCAUGGAUUGGCAGCAAGUUUUACAAGUUCCAACACAAAAUGGCCCUUCAUUCCACCUGGCGCCCCGCAUAUGGGAGGCGCUUGGGAGCGCCCUGUGCGCUCGGUGAAGAUUGCUAUGGGAGAUUCCUAUAAGGAAGGAAAACUAAAUGAUGAAGAACUCCCUUACUCCAAACCAUUUCCUUUUGGGAAGCUCGAGUGGAAUAAAGCAAUCCAGCAAUCUACAACAAGGCACUUCAUGAGACACUUGGUACAGCAUACAGCGUCAGCUUGA